AUGUGUUGCCAGAUAAUUGACUGGAUCUCUAAGCAAUGCGGACUGAACACAUUCCGCCCUCCUGUGUAUUUAUACCCUUUUGUACUCGACCUUGUGAAUAUCGACCAUGAUAAAGUUGUUAUAGCAAAGGGGACUGAAUAUGAUAGAGGAUUUACAAGUACAGUCUACUACCCAAAGAAGAAAAAAUACUUCCAUGAAGUUACUGAUGAAGGGACAAUAGUAUGGAGAGCUGGUGAAUCUGAAAAGGGUACCGAGUUAGUGAGACUUUCAAGCGAAAAAAGUACGUUGAUUGUAAUAAUAUGUAGAUGUGCUAGGCGAGAAUAUGCUAGGCACUAUAGGAAGACGGACGGAUGUUGGAGAAAUGUUGAUGAACCUGCGAAUGAAUCAGCAGUUAUAGAGGAUAAUGAGAUGAAUGAAAAACAUGAAAAUACACUAAAUACCGAUAAUAAGCUUGCUGAAUUCUCGUUUUCCACAGUUUUACCGCUGGAUCAAUCCGCUGGAGAAUCUGCCAGAGUCUCGGGUUAUUCGGAAGUACAAGUGCAUAAUCUUGAAGCACCCACUUUUCUUGCACAAAAAUACGAUGCAGAAAUUACUUAUGUGGAACUAGAUCUUUCAGAUGUGAAUUUCGACAUAUUUUUGAUUGGAGAUUCCUUCAUUGAUGGUGUUCCCCUAAAGAUAUUCACUGUGAAGGAUGGCUACCGUCUAACUGAGAUUUAUGAUGCAAGUGUCCCCGUUUUUACAUGUUCAAGUGGUGAAAAUAUUAGAUCGGUAGUGGCGUAUUAUGACAGAACGAAUCUCUUGUCUGUUUUGGUGAAUGUUGUAAAUAAUGGUAGACUAAUUUGGUUUUGCCACAACAGGAAGGAUGGAAUAUGGAGCAGAGUUACUAGACAAGAACAUGAAACAUUGCUGAAUAUACUAAAGGAACAAGCUUUGAGAGAUAAGGAGGAACACUCUACCGUUAAUAGGCUACAGACUGCUAUUUGCAAUGAAAAGGUACUCCCCUCACUUUUGACCGAAAAUGAUUUAUCAGUAGGACAAGAAACAAUUUUAAAAAUCAAAGAUGAAAAGGAUUACACCUCACUGCCUUCCGUAUGUGAGGGUGAUGUCAAGAAAACACGAGAUGAGCAUGUAACCUACAUAGGAGAGAUAUUUGAUAAUUUUGGAGAUAAUCACCACAAUUCCAAUUUUAAUAACACCAGGCAAAGAUCGGUAAGGCAAACUAUAUCUACAAAAGGCCCCAAAGAGGAUAAAUCAGACGAGGUUUCAUACACUUUAAACCAUGGUCAAGAGGUUGUACUUUGUGAAUGA